ACAAUCCGACAAUCGGUCGUGCGUUCUCAGUUGUUGCGUUCGCUGGUACCCAGCAUUGACGUUUCUUCAAAUCGCGCUCACGCCGUGAACCGUGUGCAUCGUAUCCCGCGACAACUCCGUACCAUUUGUCCGUCCGUCCGUCCGUCGGUUCUGUUAUCGCGGUGCUUUCGGGCUGCCCCAGUGUAUUAUUAUUAUUUUUUAUUUUGAUUUUGUUGGUUCCGUGGUUCGACUGGCUGACUUGAGGAGUGUCGUGUUUUGUCUCUGUGCGGAUUUCGCUUUGAAGCUUGGUGACUAUUCAAGCGUUCCCAAAGCGUGCCAAGCGGUAUUAAUGACUUGCCUAGAAUUAUGGUCAACGUAGGCGGCGGUGUAGUUUGGUGCUUCAAAGACGACAAAUGGAUCCCGCUGCAGCUGUCGUCGAUCCGGCUGCACGGCGUCCUCACCCAGGCCCACUGGACGGCCGUCUCCGAGUUCCUGCAGCGCGUCGCCAACAAGCAGCUGAUCCUGCAGGAGAAUGGCUUCGCCGAACUGACCGACAAGCACAGGGAACAGCUGCUCAGGCAGUCCAACGUGUCCGAUUUAGAUUUUAAGUGCAGCAAUGAUAAUGUGAUAUGUUUGACUGAUAGUUUAAUUAAGGACGCGUCCGAAAGGAAGGUCAGUUUGGGACAGAUCCCGGAGGACAAGAUCGUGGAACAGCCCCGCAGGCCGUCCAUGCCCGAACUUAGGUCCCUAGAUAGGAAUAACUUAUUUAAUAACGAUAAUUUAUUGAAGACAGAGACUGAUCCCAAGAAGACUGACAAAUCGCCAAAUGUGAACGACGAAAUCGUCUUGAGGUUGCUCAAGAAGUAUUGCAAGUACAGCAAGGACACGUUAGACGACGAGAUCGUGAAUGCCAUAGAGAAAAUACCGGACGAGGAGGUCAAGCCGCAGAGAACAAGGAAACUGGGCUACAUACCCAAGGAGGAGAAGCUCUACGAGAACUGCAACGAGUUCUCGUUCUCCUUGGACUGCGUGGAGGACAGGACUGAGCAUGUGAUAAGGUGGCUCAAGCAACAGAACAACGAUAACCUGUUCAUAAACAGAUCGCCUCCCUCUAGGCGACACUCCACCACCGAAAUAUCCUCGCCGACGGACAGUCGCAAGAGCAGUCUGACCGAUCGCAAGUCCUCCUCCUCGUCCAGCGGCUUCGAGAGUCGCAAGUCGAGCCUCACGACCCCCUCGACGCCGGAGAGCCGCAAGUCGAGCAUCACCACCGCCUCGACGCCGGAGAGCAGAAAGUCCUCCUGGUGCGACAGCAGCAGGAACAGUCGGAAGAGUAGCGUCGGCUCGAACAGCAGCUGUUCGGAGUGCGAGGAACAGGAGGGCGGCAGCCAGUUCCAGAGGUUCCUCAAGAAGCACCUCAACUCCAAGAACACUGAGCGGAGGCUGAGGAAACAGUGGGAGGCGUGGUCGAGGAACAGGAGGAAGCUCAGCGUCGACUGUCACGUGUCCGAAGUGCUUUAUCAGCCGUGGUAUUUCCGAAAAAUCAAACGAAUCGAGGCCGAGAAGAAACUGUUGCUUCCAGAGAACGACCACGGCGCUUUCCUUAUAAGAGACUCGGAAAGCAGACAUAACGACUAUUCCUUGUCAGUUCGUGACGGCGACACAGUGAAACAUUAUAGGAUAAGACAAUUGGACGAGGGAGGGUUCUUCAUAGCUAGGAGGACCACAUUUAGGACCUUGCAGGAAUUGGUGUUGCACUACAGCAACGAUGCAGACGGCCUUUGCGUCAACCUUUGCAAACCCUGCGUACAGGUGGAGAAACCCCAGCCCGAGGGAUUGUCGCACAGGACGCGCGACCAAUGGGAAAUCGAACGUUCAUCGUUGAAAUUCGUCCGUAAAUUGGGACACGGACAGUUCGGCGAGGUGUGGGAAGGUAUGUGGAACAACACGACGCCCGUCGCCAUCAAGACGCUCAAGCCGGGCACGAUGGAUCCGAAGGACUUCUUGGCCGAGGCCCAGAUCAUGAAGAAGCUGCGCCACCAGAAACUGAUACAGCUGUACGCCGUGUGCACGGUCGAGGAGCCCAUUUACAUUAUCACGGAGCUCAUGCGCAACGGAUCGCUUUUGGAACAUUUGCAGGGCAAAGGCAAAGGCUUGAAGCUUCAAGAUUUGAUCGACAUGGCGGCCCAGAUUGCCGCCGGCAUGGCCUACCUCGAGUCCCAGAACUACAUCCACAGGGACUUGGCCGCACGUAACGUCCUUGUGGGCGACGGAAAGGUGGUCAAGAUCGCCGACUUCGGUCUGGCCCGACUCAUCAAAGAAGACGAAUACGAGGCGAGAGUGGGAGCACGCUUCCCGAUUAAAUGGACGGCGCCGGAGGCCGCAAAUUACAGCAAGUUCUCAAUCAAGUCCGACGUUUGGUCGUUCGGUAUUUUGCUCACUGAACUGGUAACGUACGGUAGGAUACCUUAUCCAGGUAUGACGAACGCCGAGGUGCUGCAUCAAGUCGAGCACGGUUACAGGAUGCCGCAGCCUCCCAACUGUCCGCAGUCGCUCUAUGACAUCAUGCUGGAAUGUUGGAACCGUGACCCAAUGAAGCGGCCAACGUUCGAAACAUUGCAGUGGAAGUUGGAGGACUUCUUCACAAUGGAGGGCUCCGAAUACAAGGAGGCGUCGGCCUACUGAGGACACGUCCACCCCCCAGGCGACUGGUUACGCAGCUCGAUUGACUUGCAUUACCACUGAUGGGGCGGUGGAUGUAUCUAUUUAUUAAAUCAGUUCGCGUUCGAUAGAUAGAUAUGCCGUACUUCGUUUCCUUUCAGUUCUAAUAACAUCAAUAUGCAAUUUUACUGAAUAUGAUUGAAUCGAAUGAACAGUUGUCGCAGGAUUUUUCAACAUAUUUUUAUUAAAUUAGAUGACCAAACGGGGCGGUUGCAAAAACGUGACAGUAUUAACAGUGGACAUUUUCAUUUGAUUUAGAUUGUUAAACGUAUUUUUAAGUGUAAACAAAUUUCUAUUAAAUGUUUUUGCAACUUGUCGCCUCGUAAUUGAUGAUUAUAAACUCGUUAUUAAGCCUCCUGCGUAAGCUGUUCACUACCUGAAAUUAUUUUACAGAUUGUUACCUUUUUAAUGUAAUAUGCUGCAUUUUAUCUAAUUUUACUAUAUUUUUAUUUAUCUCUGGAUUUAGUCAGUUUUGGUAUUGGGUUUGAGGUGCACUCGUUCUAAAGAGCAGUAUCGUCUAUUUCCCAUUCGCCUUCAUUUCACAGGGGCCACUCAUAAAUGACAAAUCUAUUUAUUAAUUAUUUAUUUUGUAACGAUUGGGACGGCUGCAUAUCAAACAUGAAAUUCGAAGGAAUUGAUCUGCUGUACAUAUAAAAACACAUUUGAAACGCACAAUUUUGUAAAAGACUUUUCAAAUCUGAUUGCUUCACAAGUCGAAAUUUGUAUGUUUGUUUAUAGUAAAACGACGAAAUGGUUGAUUUAUGAGUGUUUUUAAAAUAAUCGGUACUACAUAACCUGAAAUUGGAAAAAAAUAAAAAUUGUAAUAGGUCCAGGUUAUUCAAGGAAGUACUUUUAGACAGUGUCAAGUUCAAGAACUGAAAUUUGUCAUUGUGUAUGCAAUUGUGAAUGUAAGAUUUAGGCAUUAAAUGUUUUUUAGUUAAUUGAGUACUGUUUAAAGGUACUUCCGAAAUGUCCUAUGAUCAAAGUAACCUUCGUAUAAAAUAUUAAAUACUCGUAUUUUGAUACAAUAAAUUUAGUACGUAAAUUGAGUCACUUUAACAAUAGUUGACUAAGUAAAACUUUGUGUGACUGUUGCUUAGCUUUUAUUUUUCUUUUAAACUUCUGGCUUACAAUAGAUAACGAUUGUAUAACAUUCCUAUGGUAUUAUACAGAGUGACUUUACAACUCAAGCAGUAUCUUAUCAUUUUUUACAUCACUCUGAACGUAUUUUUAUUUUUCUUCCGUAUUUUUGCAGUUGUAUUAUAAUUUUAAGAUUCAAGAUUUAUUUUUAUUAAUUAUCGGGGCAAUAAAAUAUGCCUUAACUUUACAUAUUACGUUAACAAUAUAAAAAGCAUUGUUUAUACUGUUAGACACAUUAUACAAUAUUUUUUGUAUUAUACACUCUAGUAUAGUUAUAUAAAUCAUUAUAAAUAUAUUAUAUAUAGAAAAUUU